AUGGUGGAGCUGAUACGAGUGAUAAAGGUAGAGCAAGAAGAGGGCAUUGCUGAUAGCCAUGGAGAGGAGAAAGACGAGAAGGGCGACGGCCAUGAGGAGAAAGCCGAGAAGGUGAGGAGGAGGAGGAAGAGGGUCUAUGACCCCCAGAGGAAGAAAGCUUGCGUGGAUUGCACAAAGAGAUGCAUCCGAGUUCAUGGCAGGGCUUCCUCCGACGAGAAGUCUAGGCCGACCCCGACGCUGCCGUCCUUCUUCAAGAUCAUGGUCGGCUACUUCUCCGAGAAUAUGGAUAUACCACUCCCAUUUGCCAGGACAAUCUCUGACCUGACUGGCUCCAAUGUUUAUCUCGAAGACACAUAUGGACUUCGCUGGCGAGUACGGCUGUGUCUGCAAAAUGGUGUUCUGUCAUUUGGUCAUGGGUGGAAGAACUUUGUGCUCGAUCACGACAUCAGCGUCGGCGAGUUCCUGGUGUUCAGGCAGAUCGCCAGGUCAGUCUUCACCGUGCAAAUAUUUGCUCUCUCGGCCUGUGAGAGGAUCCAUCUCUGCGAAAGGAACAACAGGCAGAGCCGGAAGAGGAAGCCCAGGCGAAAAACGGGCCAUUCUGCCAAUCAAAUGGUGAAAGCAAGCAACAAAUGUGUGGAUAAACGUCGAAAGAAGCAACGAACCGAGCAGAGAUGUGAUCUGGGGAAGAGCCAACCUGACAUGCCUGUUCAUGUCUCCAUCGACUCUGGUUCUGAACUGAAAUGUUCUGAAUCUUCAGUGAAAGAACUGGGUGUGGCUGCUGAUGAAUCACAUGAAGCUGUUAAGGUCGCUGCAAGAGAAACAGAUAGCUGUGCAAUUGAAUGCAAUGCUACUGUGAUGAGCGAUGAUCAAGAAUCAGCACGUGCACACCAAGAUAUGCCAAUGCAACUUUACUGCGAGUUAGGGCUACAAGAUGGGAAUGGUGAAACUAGGAACUGUGAAAACUCAAGUAUCCUCGAGAAUGCAGAACUAAGAACACCUCUGGCUAUGAUGGAUCUUAAUGAAGUGAGUAUAGAUGAUAUAUUUCUGUCAGCUGAUAUAUACGAAUUCGACAGUGAUUUUUGUAGUCCAGAAGCAUUUUCCGUUGAGCUGAAUACACAAGUGCUAGCUAACAAUGGCCGAGGUUCAGGUGACUGUUUUGGGAUGCCUGAGACAUCAACAUGUCUAGAAAAUAAACAGAUGUCUGAUGUACCGAGAACAAGGGCAGAUGCUGGCAGCGUUGCAUUGCAUGGCAUAGACAUCAACGCAUUGCCCCGUAACGAGUUAUCAGAAACUGCUGGACAGGAUAGCACUUGCCCUGAUAUUGAUGCAGCUCCAGAUGAUUGCAAAAAGGAUAAAGAUAUUAUGCCAUCUGAAGGCAACCAAGUUGCACAAAAAGCCGAUUCUUCUGCGAGGAAAGAUAUCAUUCAAGAUGGUCCACGGCAGAUUGCUGCAGAAAUUAUGCCAAGCAUUCCAAAGACUUGUGGAAUAACUGACGUCAGAGAAAAUAGUUUGCAACUUGGUAAUAGUUGUUGGAAUAAUAGCAAAGGACGGGAAAGAGGAAGCACCAAGUCAUGUGUAGUUCUUGGAGUUGCAGCAAAUAACAAGAAGUUCUGCAUAACAGUACCUCCAACAGACCAAACAUGGCUUGAACUUCCCAGACGACUGCCAGUUCUUCCAAGAACGAAGAAACAAGCGAGGAAGAUAUUAAUACUCAAGGAUCCAUGCAUGAGACUCUGGCCUGUGCUGUACCAAUGCACUCCAAAAUUCAACGGUUUCAUCGCUGGCUGGGCUGACAUAAGUAGAGAAAACAAUCUGCAUGAAGGCGACACCUGCGAGUUUGAACUUUGCAGCAACUCUGAACUGUCAUUCCAAGUGCUUGUGCCCGAUUUGCAGUAGCCACCAUUUCACCUGCCCUUUCGUUUCUUAUCCUUGUAAGAUCAAAAUGUUGUAUAGCUGUAGACUUCUUCCGCAUCAAAGUGUAUCCGAGUUGUAAAUCUCCUGCAGCAUUCCAGUUAAUUCCACA